GCUGCGAAACCGCCUCAGAUAGCUUCAAUGAAAUUAAAUACAUUGAAUGCUCAGAAACCUAGAGGCGUUCGUGAAUAUUGAAUUUUUUGAACGCCGCCUAUCCAAAUAACCGUAUUUUAAUUAAAACCUGGAAACAAAAUGAGAGCUGGAGCCUUCUCCCACCUGACUUAUGUCGCCUUUCUUAUUCUAAGCUAUCAAUCUAUUCAAGGGCUUGGAUACCGGACCGUUGUCUAUCCCAAACUGUUCGAAGGCAGAGACGAAAACACGAAAAUUCUGAAAAUUAACGACGACAUAACAUUGGACCUGAGCCCAAGCUUCAUCCUUCAUGAAGAUUUCUUCGUGCGAAAGUAUCGCGAAGGUGUUCCAGAAUACAAAUACUUCAACGUUGAAGCACUGCAGCAAGAUCUGUACUACGACGCCAAACAUCUGGCGGCUGUCGUAGUGUUCGAAGAAGACGGCACGUUGCGAGUGGAAGGUGUCGUCGGGGCUAAGUUGAAGAUACGGCCGAUUGAAGCAAGUGAGCGCUCUGUAUAUGGCGAUCAAGCUCACAUUGUGGACACUAUUGAAGACUCGAAGUCUGACAGCGUUUAUGGGAAAAUUGUCCAGGACAGAGUGACAAUCUCUGAACGUGACACUAAUGGCCAGAUUGGCUAUGAUCCAUCUAAAUUCGGCGUAGAAAGCAUAUAUCCCGAAGUGCUCAUAACGUGCGAUUCAGUCUUCUUUGCUGGAUUUAAGGACAAGGCGGACAUGAUAAAAUACAUCCUGAUUGUGUUUCAAGUUGUUGUACUCCGCUACAGCACCGUUAGUCACCCUCGGAUACGGCCCAUUUUACGGGGCGUCGAAAUCAGCGACAAGAAACAAGAAGACCAGUACUACAACUACCUUGGAAAUGGUAUAAAUGCGAUACCGUCACUCUAUAAUAUUACAUACUAUGUAAAGGCGAGACGAGCUUAUUACGAGGAAUACGACUUGACAUAUUUCCUUACGGGCUACGAUAUGAUUGUUCCAGGAGUCAAUGGAUGGGACAGAACCUACAGAGGCUUCGCCUUUGUGGGGUCUGCCUGCUUGGAUACACGUGAGCAGCUUGGCGAAGACAUUCCCAGCACUUUCAUAGGAAUUCCCACCAUGGUACACGAAAUGGCGCACACGUUAGGGUGCGAUCAUGAUGGGUCGACGAUUGAAGGUCACUUACCUUGAUUCACAGCAAACUCCUCCUAUUGUCCUUGGGACGAUGGUCAUAUCAUGAGCUAUGUUAUAAAGGACAGCGGAAGCAGGCAAUUUUCACAGUGCUGCAACUAUGACUUGAGACGGUAUUCCUGGAUGUAUGGAGCGGACUGUCUGCAUAAGAACUCAACUAAGAAGAUUUCGUCAAUGUGGUGGAAGACUUAUAAAUAUCCCGGAGAAUUCACAAAGAAAACCAAACAGUGUGAACUUACCUACCCGUUCUUCAAAACCACAUAUUAUAUGAAGGAAUUGUCAACCGAGGAUUGCAUGAUGCAAUGCUUCGUUCCGGAAAACUACCGAAACAGAAACCACUCUAGCUGGGUCACGGAACUCUUUAACGGCAGCAGCUGCGGAACAAGCCGCAAAAGAGUAUGUCUCAACGGAGAAUGUGUGAGCCGCUCGAGGCUGCCGCGCCGAACGUCCAAAAAUCACGCUAAUCUGAUAAAGCAAGCUCUUAUUACAAAUGACACUAGUUAAGCCAGCUGGUCUCUGAUGUGGCUAACUUUCCCAUCGUUCCGGCUUUUUCUUCCUCUCCUUCUCAUAAAUAAACACAGAGAAGCU